GAAAGAGAAACAGACGCCGGGGUCGCGGGUGCGCUUCCUCUAAAGCGCGCGCGCGCGAGAUAUCAGCACAAGCGCUGCAUGUCAAAGCUCAGGAUCAUCAAUAUGAAAACAGCCCAUGACAGUUCGCUUUGUGCCUUUUAUUUCUUCCCAACUUUCAGUUAACUUCUACACUGAUAUGAAUGAAUUACCGUCGAGGCGCUCGUGAAGCAAAAGUUUGCCAAGCGGAAGUUCGCGCGGUAGGAAAUCUGAAAAAGAGUCGACAAGGCUGAAAAUUACCUAUUUAUUGUUUAAAGUGCUUCGGAGCGGGAUAGUAUUUUGGAAAAUGGACACUCACGUUAAGGAGGGACAACUUUAUGUCCAACAUCAGAAGUUUGGGAAGAAAUGGAAGAAGAACUGGUUCGUACUCUUCCCAGCCAGUCAAAACGGCAUUGCACGGCUAGAGUUUUAUGAUUGCUCGGGCAGCGCCAGCGAUAAACCUAGCACUAAGAAAAUGGACAAGAAGAUCAUUCGUCUCUCAGAAUGCAUCAGCAUACUCCCUGCUGUCACUGAAACCUGCCCUAAAGAAAACAUGGCCGCCUUCUGUGUUGAGACCAAUGACAAGACAUAUGUCUUUGCAGCAGAGAAAUACAUAACCAAUGAGUGGGUAGAGAAGAUGUGCGAGAUCGCUUUUCAGGGAGGGAGUGUUUCUCUUGGUAGUUCUGACUCAAAUGGACAGCAAGAGCUUCAAAUGGCAGAAAAUCUCAUUUAUUACUCCAGAGAAGAAGUUAAUGAAUUUUGGGUGAGUGUCCAGAGGACAGAAGCAUCAGAGCGCUGCGGUCUCUCUGGAAAUUACUGGCUUAGGGCUAAUAUAGACAACCUUAUCCUGAAGGAGCCCAAGACUAAAAAGGAUUUGCUGGUAUGGCCCUACAAACUCCUCCGUCGCUAUGGAAGAGACCGGGUUAUGUUCUCUUUUGAGGCAGGGCGACGCUGUGAAUCUGGGCCAGGGAACUUCACCUUCGAGACAAAGCAAGGGAAUGAGAUAUUCCACAUUAUUGAAGAAUCCAUCCGUGAGCAAAAAGCCCAAGCUGAAGAGCGACACCAAAGCUGUCCAUCAUUAGACGGUGACUGCCAAGCUCUCCUGCAGAUUCGUGCUGCUAUUUCAGAUGGAAACAGUCGUGAACCAGAUGGAGAUUCUGGUGGCAGCAAGCCUGGAUCGGCGGAUGGUGUCUUUGGUCGAAAGGAAAACGAUGGGAAAAAUGUAAAAGGCCGAAGCCUCCCAGAGCCUCCUACCCCAGUUGGAGGGACCCCACCACGAUCGCCCAUGCCUCGUGGAUCCAAAAGUGGACAACCUUUAGAGGACCAGGGGAGCCUGUACUCGGAGCCUGCUGACUCAGUCCGUUCGCCACCCAGUUUAGGAGAGUGUCUGUACUCUGACCCAGUGGAUAGUAUCAAAACUGUCAUACGAACUCCCAGCCCACACCUCAGGCCACCUGUUGAUGAGGGGGGUAGCCGACCCCAGGGUAUCAAGCACGAGCCUUUCUAUACAGACAUCUAUGAUCAGAUUAGUCUGGACUUGUUGCAGAGGACAGGGGCAUUGGGACUUGAUGGGCGAAGCAGGCACCCUGCAGAUGGUCGUCCAACAGAGCACAUUUAUGAUGAGCCAGAGGGACGUGCAGGACCUCCAAAUACACAGGCUAUAACCACUCUUUAUGACGAAGCGCGGUUGGACAUGCAUGCCCGGAGAACCAGGGGAUUGGAGGAGCCUCAAAUUCAUGAGGUGCCCUACAAUCCCAAUGUGGAUGAUCAUUCAGUCCCUACUUUUGGCAAGGCUCUCCAACCAUUGCCUGUACCCAGACCUAAAGGCCUCAAGCCUGUCAUCGCACCAAAGCCAGGCAAAGUAGCACUGCCCAAAAAAGACCAUCUACCACUGCCUCAAAGUAAGGGCAGUGCUAACCUAAACAACAAUAAUAGUAGCAACAGUCAGGGGUUGACAGGGUUUGUGGUUGACAGCAGGUGUGGAGGAGUUGGUAGAGGAGGAGGUGGUGCUGAAAGGGCAGGUAACAAUGUGGAGCUUUACAGUAAAGUCUCUAGACAUAGGCUUCCAGCAAAUGCUUGGCAUCCUAACAUGCAAACUUCAGACAUCAUCUAUGAUAAUUUGGGUGACAUUUGACCUAACCCUUGAAGACAUUUAGGUAGCCUGGUCUCUUUUUCCUGAGCCCAUUAAAUAAGUCUAACCACAAUUAGAGGAAAUAUGUCCAUGGGAGACAAUGGUACUAUAUACCUGGACAUUUCAUUAGCCAUUUAGUCAUUGACUGUAGCUUAUACUAAAAUGACAUUUGAGAGCUAGGGCUGUAAAAACUGACUUUGCCAUAAUGGUGGACUAUAGAACUACAGAAAAUGGACCCCAACAUCUUUUGUGUGGAUAAUGCCCUUUGAAAGGGCCUGUACUGGAACAUGCCACAUUUUGCACUUCUCAAAUUCACAAAAUAGUCCUGUUUGGUUUAACAGAGUCUGUGCCUUGCAUGUCAGAAACUGUAAAAGAUUAUGAAGCACUUGUCAAAAAAUCCCCAUGCUAGAGAAUGGAGUGUUAAGUGUUGUAGUCUAAACAUUAUCUAAUAGAUCCAAAUUAAUGGUUGAUGUGCUGUGACAAAAAGGUCAGUCAUUGCACAAACAAACAAUGGAUUACGUUGCAUUGAGAUUGUAGCAGGGAGGAUACUAAUCCACUGCUGUGUAUGUGUGUGUGCGUGUGUGCACGUGUGUGUGUACGUGUGUGUGCGUGUGUGUGUGCGUGCAUGAGUUGGCAUCUGUGCUGUUGUUAAACAUGAUAAUAAAAUAUUAUACUAAAAGAGU